ACAAAAUUUAUAUCAUUCAUGGCUUAUGUCGGUCCUAUCUACACUGUCCUAUGGCAUUUGGAGGUGACGAGACGAGAUUGGGGCAUACUAACCUAUUACGGCGCCUUAUGGGGGCGAAAUAAUACGUUAACGUCACAAUUCGCUUCACAUCAGUACUCCGCAUGCACGACUAGUUCAUACUCACAAACCAAUCAAGCUGCUGAAGCACGGGGAGGAGCAGCUGCGCCGCUUUCUCCUUCGCCUCGCUCUUCCGGCUUGAGACCCCGACGCACUCCAUGUGGAUGUUUCCGUCCACUAUUGGGACCGUAUGAUACUCUGGGGUGUGAUCGGCCCCUUUCUGUUCAAUUACCCAGGACACCUGUUCUUUACCUCGUUGCGUUAAGCGUUCAUUGAUUCUGGGCAGUAUCCCCCAGCCGGGCUGAGGUGUGAAGUGCUCGGUGCUGGCCUGCAUACUUGUGAUCUACAAAUACGAUGAGUAGAGGUGUACUCGGUCAAUAGAUUGCAGUUAGCUGGGAUUGAAGUUUGAGGGAAC